AUGGCCCUCAGUCUAGAACAUUUUCGGGCAGAGCUUCAGGACCCGGACGUCAAGGGUUCGGAUGCGCUGUUAGCGACCGCGCGAACACUCUGUCUCGCGGAGAUUCAUUCGGGGGCUAUUCAUCCCAACUCAUGGAGGGCCCAUAUUGAGGGGGCUAGGGCGUUGAUGGAUGCUUGUGAUAAUCGAGGAGCUUUGUCGCCGCGGUCGUCAGAUGGGUUCAGGAGGUACUUGGAUCGGUGGUACCGAUCGAUUGUUUCGCUCACGGCGUUAACAGGCAAUGGCCCACCCAUUGGUGACGUUGCAGGUCAACCCAUCUUGAGUACCAUCAACCAGCACGACUCCCCUGACUAUCUUGACGAUUACUGGGGCUUCACGGUAAAUCUUGCUGCAGUCUUUCGCGGGAUAGGGGCCGCUGCUUGGCGAAGUCACCCCAGCCAACAAUGCGGUGGCGUAGCCCAAGAAGACGAAUUCAGCGUCCAUCAUGAAGCUGCGGUUCUUGAGUCGUCCGUUCGGCGCUUGAUGGACCAGGAAGCUGACUCACAGCCUGCAUUCUACCCAGGGGUGGUGGAAGGGCUCUCAAGCGAGUACAUUCGUCAAUUCAUCCUUUGUAAUGAAGCCUUCCAGCAUAGCGCGCUCAUUCAGAUCCAUCGUCGGUUGAGGAAAACACCAGCAUCGUCACCGGAGGUCCAAGCAUCUGUCAAGCGUAUUUUAGAAUGUACUGCUCAGAUUGGACCCUCAGCAGGGCUGAGCCCAUGGACCAUGCUCACCACACCGUUAUUCAUUGCAGGCUGCGAGGCAGGGGAUGAGGACCGGGAGAAAGUGCGGCAAUUGCUCUCCUGUUUGCAUGACACGAUUCGCGUGCCGAAUGUGCUACAGUCCUUACGGUUUUUGGAGCAAUAUUGGACGAGCCAGAUUGAUGAGAAUGAAGGUUGGAAUCAGUUCCUCGAUUGCACCCGCUGA